GUGAGGAAAUAUUUAAAAUAAAUCAUUAUGAUGCAAAGGCCACAGACAAGUAUUGCUGUGUCACAAAGCAAAUUUGAUAGAUUUUACAGAGGUGUGAAGAAUGAAUCAGGAGAGUUUUAUGUUACUUCUGGGGCUACUCGACCAGGAACACCUGGUCAAAAUGUAUUGGCAAGGCCACCAACAUCCUUGGCUUUACUUAAUCAAGGAUCUACAGCUAAUUCACGAUUGAGUACAAUUAGCUCCAGUAGUUCUGGAGCAUUUAAUGCAGGAUUUCCAUUGCCAGCUCAAAUGAAUAUAAAUGUCAUGGAAAGGCCAAUAACGCAACAUGGAGUAGCAGGUAUCAGACCCGGAACAGGUAGAGGAAUGCCAAUGAGCAGGCAGAUUCAAGACAAAAGAUAUUAUAUUGGACUUAUGCAACUAAAAAUUAGAGAACUAAAUCAAGAAAUUGCUGUCAUUAUGAAAGAUAUUGAGGAUCAAACUAAAGAAAGAGCUACAUAUAUUCAUUAUGAUAAGAGAGCUAAAGAUUUAGCCUUAGAAUUAACAGCUUUGCAAGGACAAUUAGCUGACUAUAACAUCAUUGUGGACAAAAUGACAUCUGAUAUUGGAAAAGAAGAUAUAGAACAAGAAACGGAGGAACUUGCUACAAAAAACGAACAAAAUUCACUAAAAAUUGAAAAUAUGUUCGAAGAAAGGAAAAAAUUAGAGCAAACGUUAUAUAAAAUAGAAAAACAAUUGGAAAAUAAAAAAAGAAGAACAGAACGGCUUAUAGAAAGCAUGGACUCUAAUAUGAAGGAAAAAUAUGAUGAAUUAUCAAAAGAAAAAAUAAAAGUGCAAGAAAAAGCAAUUGAAAUGCAACAAGCAUUAGAUGAAUUAUAUAAAGAACAAGUUUACUUGGAAGAAGAAAUAACCUUAUCACCUCUAAAACAAGAAGCAGUUAAAUUAUAUCUUAAAAUAAUAGAAACAGAAGAAAAAAGGGAUAAGUUGAGAGAAGAAGAGAAACACAGGGUUUCACCAGAAGAAGAAAAGGAAAAAUUAUUACAAAAAAUUAAGCAAGACAAUAUGGAUAUUGCUGCUGCAGAAGCUCAGUUGAUUGAGAAGAAGAAACAAAUGCAAGAAACAGAACAAAAACUUGAACAAUUGGAAACAGAUAUAGAAGAUAAUCAAUCUGAAAAACAAAUUAAAUAUAAAGAGCUCCGUAAACGAGAAGAAAUGAUAGAACAAUUUAUGGAUUCUUUUGAGCAAAAUAAAGACGAUGAGACUAAAAAGUUGCAUAAGUUAGAGGAUACAGUAGUUGAACAUUUAGAAAAUAUUUCAAAUAUGUUAAAUAUUGAUAUUAAUUUUAUAGGAAGUGAUGAAACAGCUAUUUUGAAUAAUUUACCAUUUUACAAUGAGCAUGAGUAUGUUAAUAAUGAUAAAAGCUUUGAACAAUUAACAAAAGAAAAUUUAAAGUUACAGCAGGUUUUUAGUGAAAUGGAGUUACUAGAACAUAAACUUAAAACAGAAUUUGACGAACUUAAUGAAAAAAUGAAUAAUAAGGAAAAUAAAUCAAUAGUUUCAAAUGAUUUAAAUAAUUUAAAAGCUAAAUUGACAUUAAAAGAAGGGCAACUAAUAACAGAAUAUGAACAAGUAAAACAUCAACAAUUAGAAUACGAAGAAGAAAUUAAAACAAUUCAAUUUGAAUGUGAUGAAAUCAAACAACGGUUAGAGAGUAAUGAUGUAUAUGUUCAGAUUAAUGUGUUAGAAAAUACUUUGGAAAAGUUGUUAGAAGAACAUAAAACAAUUGAAGAUUUUAUUGCUAAAGAAAAAGAACGUGGUAAUUAUAGUGCGGUAAAAGAGGAUACUUUUAAUUCAAUAAAUAAUUACAAUUCUAUAUUAAAAGAAAAUCUAAAACCUAUAUAUUAA